AUGUCUGAAAGUGGCACUCCUGAUGAACAAGAGGAUGAUUAAUAGUAAAGGAUUUAAGAUGAAAUUGUUGAGUAGGAGGACUAAGAUGUAAAUCCAGUCGGUGUUGCAUAGAAAGCAACCUUAGAUAGAGAUUUAAGAAAGUAGCAUUUUUUUACAAUAAGUACCAAUUAUAUGUAAUAUCAGAUCCUGAGGAAGAUUUAAAAAUGGUUAAACUAAAGGUAAGAAAUUCUUUAAUUACACAAGCCUUACCCUAAGAGCAGUCAAUUGGAAGCAAUUUUCAAUUAAUAUAAAAGAAUUUAGCAAAUAAAGCCUUCAGAAGAUGAAGUGUUUUUAAAAUUAGAGGAUUAACAAUUUUAAAAAGAGAGGAAGUUUACAAUAUCUGAAGUUAGAGCACUGAGAAAGGAGAGGAAUCACAAAUAUUUUAAAUAUUUAAUUGAAGUUAGAAAAGUAAGAAUGAAAGUUUAUACGAGAAUUUUGUGAGUGAAGAACUGUUUUCUAAGUUUAGAAAAAAGGUGAAGGUUUUUAGUUUUGAUGAGAAUGCGGGCAAUAAGGAAAAGUAGGAUGAAAAAUCUAUUGAUGAAUCUGUCGAGAAAGAGAGCGAUGUCUUUUCCAAUUAUUCUGAGUUUUAUUGA